UUCGGUCUCCUAGGGAGAUUGAGGUACUUAACCAAGAAUCCUAAUCCCUCUAAAACCCUGGCCUCCUUCGAAGUAUCAAUUGGCUGCAAGACGGACUCAGCUCGCAAGCUCAGCCUCGUUUCUCUCUCUCUCUCUCUCUCUCUCUCUCCGUGCUAGGGUUUCGCCGCUUGCUGCUCAAGGCUCUUCUCCUGCGAGACAUCAGAACAGUUUAGUUGGUUUCGAACAUCACAUUUUUGCUCAUUGUCAAGGACCUUAAAUUCUGUGCAUGCUUUCAAAUUGCCACAAAUUCCCAAAAUGCUGCCGAAGUCAAGGCCCCGCCAAGUAUUUAAGCCCCAUCCUUCCAUAUUCUCUCCUUUUUGUCGUUCAAUUGCUAGAUUGGCAUCUGCUUAUAAGGUCAAGCGGCAGAUCCAGAACCGAAAGUUCCACCAAAAAUCUUCCCCCAGUUCUUCAGGUGGCAAAGUCAACCAUAAGGUUGGCAUGGAUAAGAGGGAACCAUAUGGAUCUUCUGACGAAGAAGAGUUCGAAGGAACUAUUCAGGCGGAUUUUGCUUUCUUUGAUCCAAAAUCUGAUGACUUCCACGGAGUAAAGGGUCUGUUGAUGACAUACCUUGAUCAUCGGGAAUGGGAUAUAAGUGGUUUUGCGGACCUAAUAUUAAGCCAAACAACAGUAGGGACAAUUGUUAAAACAGAGGAAGAGGAUACACCAUACUCUGUCGUUACCGCUCUUAACUUGGGAAGAUAUAAGGAUCAUAAAUGUAUUAAGGAACUCACAGACUUCUUACUUAAAGUAUGCAAGGACAAGGAUAUACUCGGUAACUUGAGAUCCUUCUUCAAAGAGCAAAUGCAGAGUGUGGGGCUUUUGGUCUCUCAGCGUGUUGUCAAUCUCCCUCCCCAGCUCCUGCCACCUCUUUAUGAUGCGCUCUUUGAUGAAAUCUCCUGGGCGACAGAAGAUGAGCGAACGGAGGAGCUCAGGAGGUCCUUUUGCUUAAAGCACUAUCUAUUGCUAACUAGAAUCUAUGAGCAUAUGAAUGGUGGAAAAAAAAAUGCAGCAAAAGGCAGCAGUAAGGAGGCUACAAUAUUUAUUAAGGCAGAGGAUGAAAUCUUUUACCAGCUCAGUUCCUGGUCCUUUAAGUUCCCAUUGCGCAUUGAGCAACUUGCAAACGAAGAGCUGAAGAAUUACAAGUUGAUGGGUUUAGUCAUGGCUGUUGAAGCAGAGAAGAUUUCAAUGUUCCGAGAACAGUUGCAUUCUUUGAUAAGUGAAUCGUGAUCAUACUCUAGACGAUGCAUUGCCUCAUCAAUGAAGUCUGUUUUCUUCCGACAUUUCUCAGAUAAUAUAACAAGUAGAGCCGAUCGGUGUUUUUGAGCUCACCUGUUACCUAACAGGGAAAUCCUCAUUAUAAAAUCUUUUGUGAUGUUGGUGGCACAAGUGCAUUAUUCUUAUUCAAGACCUACCAGAUCUUUGUGGGCGUUUCAGUAGUAAUCACCAGCUAUAGUUGUAAUUUGUAUUGGACCUUAGUAAGUAGCUACAUAGGUUUAAGAGUUAAUUUUGUUGAACUUGAUGCUAGAAAUUUUGUUUACCUGUUGUGUGUUAAAAGAGCAUUGUUUCAUAACACACUUAUUCCUCGUUCUUCAGAGUUGGCCACUUGUUCUCUAUAGCUCCCGCCAUUUCAAAUCUCAGGCCUGUAUCUGUGUUGUAAUUUGGACAACUUCUGUAAUGUAGUGUAUGGCCAACUUAUAUGACUAGUUGAACGGA